GACACCCAACGGCCAUCAUGCCUUUGCGGAUAAGGCUAAUCCUUGAGGCAAGGAAAAGAAGAGGAGAGAAACAAAUUGCAUUCCAUUCAGCAAAAUGAACACUAUUCCUAAUCAACAUUUUGCACAAGCCAAUUCCAUCCUCUUGUCUCCUCGGGCCAGCUCCAAGACUAGAGCUUCUCAAAGGAGAAAUGAUUUCUCACUGACAACGAAUAGAAGUCAAAAGGCUCCACGGGGAUUGAUCAAGAUAUCAACAGCAGAUGGGAGAUGGCAAAAAAAUUGGAAUCUAGACUACAAUUUGUCACUCCAAGAGCUUCAACUUCAGGGUUUAGCUGAAGAUGGGCAUAAUGAAAAUGAGGUUUCCAUCGGCCUUUGCAUUCACAAGCACACCGGAUUUGGACUCUCAGUGGAUGGAAGGAUCACAACAUCCUUUACCAGGAAAUGUAGCAAUUGUUCCUCAUCAUUUUGCAGAGAGGUUGUUACAAACUUCACAGUCUGGAUUCUGCCAUCAGGCAGGAAAAAAAACUUAGCUGAAGAACUUCCUGAAAUCGGAGGUGACGAUCCAUCGGUAAUUUAUGUGAAACCAGGAUGUGAAGCAGACCUUGAUUCCCUUGUACAAGACUCAAUUCGGCUUGCCGCCUCAGUAAAAGAGACUUGUUCGGAGGCCUGCGAAAAUAGUGAACCUAAAUUGCACCAUAUGGGUGUUCAAAAUGCUGCUUCUGUUGAUAGGAGGUGGUCAAGAUUGCUGGAGCUGAAAAAGAAAGCAUACAUUUAGGGUUUAUCAUCUCAUGGCAAAAUGAAGUGUACUAAAAGAAAGGGUUUUAGGUCAUGAAACAGUUUGUUGUAUACUAAGUGUUUUCUUGAAGGUGUAUGUAUAGCUAGUUAUUAGCUUUAAUCAGUUAGUUACUAUUAUUUUUCAUUCUAGAAAGAAAUUGCAAUGUUUUGGAUUUGUAUAGUGAGAAACUAAGGAAACAAAAAAAAAGAAAAAAAAAGAAAAAGGGAGAUGAGAUGAGAAUACACUUUUUUGGAAUAGCGGAUUAUCAUUCUUUUGCAUU